AUGCGCAACAUUUCCUGGGUCUGGUCCACCGUGUUCAACCUCGCAUUCUCAUACAUGUUCCUCGAUGCAUGUGCGGAAACGCCAGCGUCCUCGCCCGUAGUGCGCUCUGACACUCUCUAUGACGAUCGACAGCCCGACUCUAUACAGAUGCUUUCUUGGGGAAGCAUGCUCCCCCAGCUAGCGUCGGUCACGCAUGUGCGCUUUCACGCUGGCUACGAUUGGAAUGCCUUGCAUCUGAACGUGCACAUGGACUCUCUCCGGUUCGUCGCGCUCGCUGCCGACAACGCUAGCUUCCCGGAGCGAGUGAUCUUCGCUAUGGUCCUCCUCAUGAGAAGGCAGGAUAUCCAGAUGAUUGUUCUUGUAUUGCCCCCGUCCAACGAUUUUGCGACUUGGACUCAUCGUGUCACGGACACCAAAUGGUAUCAUGAUAACCUCUUUGUAGUUCCCUUAUUGGGACGCACAGAUGAACCACGGGCGGAAUGGGAAGAUGACAUUAAUGAGAGGGAGGACAUCUGGCAAAGAGCUCGAAGAUUCCGGGAAGCGGUCGAAAACGGCAAUCGCAAUGAGAUCGAGAAGAUGUGCACUCCUGAUACUGGAGGUUCCGAUGAUGGGAGCGACUAACACUUUCUCUCGUGUUCCUAUUUAUCGUCCAAUGCUACUGACUCUAGAAA